GUACCCUUGACAAUUGAUGACUCCGAAGAGGAGCUCAACGACCUCGGCGUGGAGGCUGAUGUAAGGGAGGAGCCUGCGCAGCAAAAGGGCAAGCCCAAGGCAGCAGCUCAGCCGCCCGCCGCAAAGCCCGAUGAUGCGGGAAAGGAUGGGGAAAGGGGGCCUGAGGCCGAUGAUGCGGGGAAGGAUGGUGAAAGGGAGGAUGCUCCCCGAGCGGAGAACGCUCCGCAGCAUGAGCCUCCUGGCGAGAAGCCCAAGGUCGUAUCGGGAAUGGCGGCAGGAACGAACUUCGCCGGCAGAUCCCCUCCCGGCACGUUCCCAUGGUCUACAAGGUUCUCUGCCAUAAAGCAGCUGUGGGUUGAGCAUAUCCAUCCGCAGAUUAAGCCUGGCUGCUACGUGAAGUCUCAGGUGCACUUCUGGAAGUACAUGAUCGGAAACAUAGACAUGGCAGCCCCGGUCACCGAAGAAGACAUCCGCAACCGCGCCAAGGAUGUCCUGGGACUCUAUGCUGACAAAAACAAGUUUCUGCGCCUGCUCAUGCAUCACUUCCUUCCUGCUUGUGGUGAAUUGCAGAGCCAUAUGCGUACUUCUACAGAUGAAGCCAGCACUCCUUCGAGAAAGCGGAGCCGGCCUUCAGAGAAUGGUAUGUUCCGGCUCCUGCUGGUCUUGGCCCUCUUCAGGACUGCCGAUGCGUACCACCUCCUCAUCGAGUCCAUGGUUGAAUUUGGGAUCCCGAAACUCUUGAUGUGGAACCGAGAAAUUCCCACGACGGAAAAGUGGGAUGCAAUCGACCUGUUCUCCGGGACAGGUCGGGUCAAGGAAUCCCUAUUGGAACUGGGCUACAGUGUUGCCUCCCACGACAUCGAGCACCACCCGGCGAUGGAUAUCAACAGCUCGGCCGGCUUUGCGUGGCUCAUCCUGGCGAGCUUCUUGAGUUUGAAACGGUCUGGGCCAAGGUGGAUCGUUUGGGUUCGCGAUGCUCCAGCCGGUUUGUUCCUCAUGGGUCUGGAUGAAUCGCCACACCUCGCAGAGGAGCAGCUCUCGCGCAAUUAUACAGGUUGGAACACGCAUCCUCAGACCACUUUCUGUUGUGUCGAGGUCGGGAGAAUCCUUUGGGGCGAACCGAGCUACCAAAUAUUGCCGAUGCAAACCGAAUGGUUGCGAGGACUGCUGCUCUUGAGGUUGAACGGUGCUGCGUUAAUUGGAAGUUUGCUGCAGGACUGCCCUGGUGAUGCUUCUCAUCCAUUGGUGCCGUGGCGCUUGGAUUCUGGAGCAGCCUGCAAGCUCCCUCAUGCAGGAACAUCCAGCCGUUGCUGCUGCCUUGCUGAAAUGCCAGUACUUCAAGAUCAAUGCCUUCCUUGGGGCAUACCGGCAUUGGAGUUGGAAAUUGUGUUCAUUCUAUUCGAACAAGCUCCUGGAUUGCAUCGCCUUUUGUUGCCGCACAUGUCACAUGUAACUCUUUGCCGCAAACCAUAG